UGUAGCCGGACACCACGGUUAAUGCAGCAAAGGGGAAGAGCCAGUCAUCAAAGAUCCCGAACGUUUUCCCGAUCUCGGAUCGCUCUUCAUGGUCAUUAGCUUCGUCGUCGUCCAUAAAUUUUGAUUGCUUGCGAACCCCUGAUCCCCCGUCCCCCCGCAAAACACUUCCUUUGCUUUCCGCGGUCUAGCGACCAUGGCUGCUGUCCAAGUGAACCGUUCAGAGCAAGAGCGUGAGGUUCAGAGGAGUUACUGGAUUGAGCACUCUGUGAACCUUACGUUGGAAGCAAUGAUGCUUGAUUCCAAAGCUUCUGAUCUUGACAAGGAAGACAGACCCGAGGUGCUCUCACUACUCCCACCGUAUGAAGGAAAGUCAGUACUCGAACUAGGAGCAGGAAUUGGGCGUUUCACUGGUGAAUUUGCUAAAAAGGCUGGUCAAGUGAUCGCUUUGGACUUCAUUGAGAGUGCACUGAAGAAGAAUGAAGCCACUAACGGGCACCACAAGAAUGUCAAAUUCCUUUGUGCUGAUGCGGCUUCCCCAAACUUGAAUUUUUCUGAAGGAUCCUUGGACUUGAUCUUUUCGAACUGGCUGUUGAUGUAUCUCUCUGAUAACGAGGUUAAAACUCUUGCUGAAAAAAUGGUGAAAUGGUUGAAAGUUGGUGGCUACAUAUUCUUUAGGGAAUCAUGCUUCCAUCAGUCUGGCGACCACAAGCGAAAGAACAACCCCACUCAUUAUCGUGAACCAAGAUUUUACACCAAGGUGUUUAAAGAAGGUCACUUCCAGGACCACUCUGGAAAUUCUUUCGAGCUUGCUCUUAUUGGUUGCAAGUGCAUUGGAGCUUAUGUGAAAAACAAAAAAAAUCAGAACCAGAUCUGCUGGCUCUGGCAGAAGAUUAGCUCAGAUGAUGACAGAGGAUUCCAAAAGUUCCUGGAUAACGUCCAAUAUAAAUGUAGUGGCAUAUUGCGCUAUGAGCGUGUGUUUGGAGAGGGAUAUGUGAGCACCGGUGGCCUAGACACAACAAAAGAAUUUGUAUCUAAACUGGACCUCCAGCCCGGCCAGAAAGUGCUUGAUGUGGGUUGUGGAAUUGGAGGAGGUGAUUUCUUUAUGGCUGAAAACUAUGAUGUUCAUGUUGUUGGCAUUGAUCUCUCCAUCAACAUGAUUUCAUUUGCAAUUGAGCGCGCCAUCGGCCUCAAGUGCUCUGUUGAAUUUGAGGUUGCUGAUUGCACCAAGAAAGACUAUCCUGAUGGCUCAUUCGAUGUGAUUUAUAGCCGUGACACAAUUCUUCACAUUCAAGACAAGCCUGCACUAUUCAGGAUGUUCUACAAGUGGUUGAAGCCGGGAGGAAAAGUCCUCAUAAGCGAUUACUGCAAAGCUGCUGGAACCCCAUCGGCUGAAUUUGCUGAGUAUAUCAAACAAAGAGGAUAUGAUCUGCAUGAUGUUGAGGCGUAUGGCCAGAUGCUUCGUGAUGCUGGCUUUAGUAAUGUGGUUGCGGAGGAUCGGACCGAUCAGUUCAUGAAAGUUCUGAAGAGGGAGUUGGAUGCAGUGGAGAAGGACAAGGAAGCCUUCGUACAAGACUUCUCAGAGGAAGACUACAACGAGAUAGUUGGAGGGUGGAAGAGCAAGCUGGCAAGGAGUUCCUCCGGGGAGCAGAAGUGGGGUCUGUUUAUUGCGAAGAAAAAGUGAAUUACCAAACCAAACCGAACCAUCAUCAUCAUCAGUGGUGGAGUCGAGUCGAGUCGAAGAAAUGCAUGAUAUAAUAUAUGAGUGAAUGAUAUGAUGACGUCUGUCCCCUCCCCCCCCCUCUCUCUCUGUGUCAAUAUAUUAUAUUAUAUAUAAGAGAAGCUUGUGUUGAAUAAAACUGCUUCUUGUUUAACUGUUUGUCCAUGGAAAAUGGCUCCGAUCCAAUAUUUACAGAUGUUGUUGUUGAGUGGAAGUGAUUAGGAUCCCUUCCUUUGCUGAUAUGGUUAUGUUAUGUUAUGUUAUAAAUCGAUUAUUAUUAUUAUUAUUA